AUGUGGGUGUGGUCACCAAUUUCCACACAGCCUCUCCUACAUGAUGAUGAUGACAGUCUGGUGAAUGAGCUGUGGCUGAUUGCAACUGUCUCCCCUCUGACUCUCUCCGGUGGCACGGUCCAUGGUUUGGUUUGCAGCAUGCUGCUUCAUGUUCCCACUGGAUCUACCUCCAUCUCCCUGUGCUGCCACAUGAGCCCGAACACCCUGCGGUCGUACACUGUGGUUCCAUGGCAGGCAGCUGUGGGUGGAGCUUCUACCAUGACAUCAUGGGAGGAAGAGGAGAGCAGUGGUAUAAGAAGGGACAGAGCUCAGACACCUGCACAGAAACAGAACAGCAGUGAAUUAAAGAACCCAGCUGAAACUGUAAGGAUCUCUCUGCAGAACUCCAUCCAUCUGUUAUUAACUAUGGCUUCUCACACCAGCAUUCUUCUUCUCAUCGCUCUUUGGGCUUCUUUGCAGGAUGGUUUGGGUCUUCCAGUGAUGGAGCCCCAGGACAAGCAGACAGCACAAAAAGUGAGGACCAAACGUUGCGCCUGCAGCAGCCCUCUGGACUCUGAGUGCCACUACUUCUGCCACCUGGAUAUCGUCUGGAUCAAUACACCCAGUAAGACAACAGUUUAUGGUCUCGGUCGACUCCGAAGGUCUGCUGGUCGCUGCACCUGUGCCAACCCUGAUGAUCGCACAUGUACCAAUUUCUGCUAUCACAGCCUUGAAACCACUUCCCCAGAGAAGUCUUUGAAGAGACGUCAACUUGAACUACUCAGCAUCCUGAGAGCUGUGGCCAGCAGGUUCAACAGAGAUGAGUCUUCUGAGGCUCAAAGAGAAUUCGCUCGCUAA